UCAAGAAUACAGAGCGCGUCAAAAUGGCCGGGGGAGGCUUUGCCGUUGAUGGUCCGGUCACCGGCAUCAACAACGGCAAGAUAACAAGGUCAGUGGUCAUCACCUGCAUCGUAGCUGCGUCAUGCGGCCUCAUAUUUGGAUACGACAUCGGAAUUUCAGGAGGUGUGACCACAAUGGUACCAUUCCUAAGCAAAUUUUUUCCGUCAGUACUGAGGAAGGCAUCACAGACCAAACCAAACAUUUACUGUGUGUAUGAUAGUCAGCUUUUGACAUCAUUCACAUCGUCCCUGUACUUAGCCGGUUUGGCUGCAUCGCUUGUGGCGAGCCGUCUCGCCAAAAUUCUAGGCCGAAGGAACAUCAUGCUCUUGGGUGGUUCUACCUUCCUUGUUGGCUCUGCUUUGAAUGGUGGAGCUGUUAAUGUUGCCAUGCUUAUCUUGGGUCGUAUCUUGCUAGGGUUUGGAGUUGGUUUCACUAACCAAUCUGCGCCCAUCUACCUCUCCGAAGUUGCACCACCUAAAUGGCGCGGAGCCUUUAGUACCGGAUUCCAAUUCUUCAUCGGAAUUGGUGUCCUGGCCGCCAACUGCAUAAACUUUGCCACCGCCAAGCAUGAACACGGCUGGCGUAUCUCUCUUGGCCUUGCCAUAGUCCCAGCUGCCAUAAUGACCUUUGGUGCACUCUUCAUUACCGACUCCCCCUCGAGCCUAGUUCAACGCAACAAGUUUGAGCAAGCCAAGAAGGCCCUAAUCAACAUCCGAGGGAAAGAUACAGACAUCGAACCAGAGUUAGCGCUUCUCAUUAAAAAUAGUGAAAUUGCUAAAGCUAUGGAUGAGGAGCCAUUUAUGACUAUUUUUAAGAGACAGUACAGGCCCCAACUUGUUAUCGGAAUGAUUGCCAUUCCGUUUUUCCAGCAGGUGACUGGGAUCAAUAUCAUUGCUUUUUACACGCCGGUGUUGUUUCAGUCCGUCGGUUUUGGAAAUGAUUCUGCUCUUAUUGCGGCUAUCAUACUCGGAAUGGUUAACAUCGUUUCAAUUCUUGUUUCUACUUAUACGGUUGAUCGAUAUGGGAGGAGGUUUUUGUUCAUGGAGGGUGGCAUCCAAAUGAUCAUUACACAGGUUGGGGUGGCUAUUGUUCUAGCAAUUACAACAGGUACUGACGGCACCAAGCAUAUCACCCAGGGUUACGCCAUACUAGUCCUUGUGUUGAUGUGUAUAUAUGCUGCCGGUUUUGGCUGGUCAUGGGGUCCUUUGAAUUGGCUCAUACCAAGUGAGAUAUUCCCCAUGAAUAUUCGAUCCACAGGCCAGAGCGUGGGGCUUGCUAUGAACUUUGCAACCACAUUUGUGUUGUCCCAAACCUUCUUGUCAAUGUUGUGUCAUUUCAAAUAUGGCACAUUCCUAUUUUAUGGAGCUUGGAUAUUCAUCAUGACCAUCUUUAUUGCACUGUUCUUGCCGGAAACUAAAGGAAUACCACUGGAUUCAGUGCAUACAGUGUGGGAGAAGCACUGGUAUUGGCGUCGAUUUGUUUAGAGUAAACCCGAGGAUACUAUGCAAUCAUGAGUUUUAGUACUGCAUGCGUUCCACUAGUUCCACUGCCUUUGUCACCUCAUUUGGUGAUUGACAUGGGUGACUCUAGAAGUUCGGCAACCCAGCUAGCUUUCAGAUCUACAUUCUCUUAAGUAGUUAUAUAUUGAUGUCGCAAUCAUAUUAUUACAAUUGUAAUCGUACGUGUGAUGAAUUAUCCAA